AUGAGACACCACUACUUACCCAUUAGAACGGCUAAAGUUAAAAAGAUUGAAAUGUCAAAUACUCCUGUGAACACGGAUGAGGUGGAAUAUUCAUGUGCUUCAGAUGGAAAUGUAGCAGGAAGUGAUGGUAAACAUGAUAUCACUGAGUGUGAAGAAAAAAAUGUUGAUUUCUAUGUGAAGGCCCUCAUGGGAACAACUCUCUCUUCCCAUCUCUUUCCACUGAAAGGAAGUGUGACAAUGGCUGAAAGAAACCUCAGUGUGGAGACAACCUUUGCCCUCUUGGGAUUCACAGAUUACCCAGAGAUUCAGAUCCCUCUCUUCCUUGCGUUUCUGAUCACGUACAGUGUCACUGUGGUAGGGAAUCUUGGGAUGAGAGUGAUCAUCAAGAUUAACCCCAAAUUUCACACUCCCAUGUACUUUUUCCUUAGUCACCUUUCUUUUGUUGAUUUUUGUUACUCCUCUAUCGUUACUCCAAAGCUGCUUGAAAACUUGGUCAUGGCAGACAAAAGCAUCUUCUACUUUAGCUGCAUGCUCCAGUUCUUCCUGUCCUGCACUGCAGUGGUGACUGAGUCCUUCCUGCUAGCAGUGAUGACCUAUGACCACUUUGUGGCCAUCUGCAAUCCUCUGCUUUAUACAGUGACCAUGUCACAAAGACUCUGUGCCCUGCUGGUGGCUGGCUCAUAUCUGUGGGGGAUCUUUGACCCCUUAGUACUCCUUUGCCAUGCUCUCCUUCUAGACUUCUCUGGACACAAUGUAAUCAACCACUUUUUCUGUGAGUAUACUGCUCUCAUAGCUGUCUCUAGCUCUGAUAUACACAUUCCCCAACGUCUGCUUUUUGGGUUUGCCACCUUCAGUGAGGUGAGUACACUACUAAUCAUUCUCACUUCGUAUGUUUUUAUUUUUGUGACUGUACUAAAAAUCCGAUCCGCCAGUGGACAUCGCAAAGCCUUCUCCACCUGUGCCUCCCACCUGACUGCCAUCACCAUCUUCCACGGGACCAUCCUUUCCCUCUACUGUGUGCCUAACUCCAAACACUCUCGGCAAACAGUCAAAGUGGGCUCUGUAUUCUACACAGUGGUUAACCCCAUGCUGAACCCCCUCAUCUAUAGCCUGAGGAACAAAGAUGUGAAGGUUGCCUUCUGGAAAUUAAUGGACACAAAAGUCCUAUUUCACUGACCCAAUCACAAAACAUGAACUUUGGUAUGAUACAGCAAGUGGGUAUGACUAGUUCCAAACUCUGAACAAAGUGUUUCAAGAAGUAGGCUACUCAGUGAGCUAAUUUUAUAAAAUUAACAAUUUUACUGCAUGUUUUAACACACCCAUGAGUUUCUGUAGAAUUUCUCUGGAUCCCAAAGCUUCUUGAUGUUUAAAACAACGAUUCCACCUAGCAUCAU